UCCCUUGGCAGAGAAGCGACACCUGCUACAGUGGGACAAUGAUAUCGCGUACCGGAAAGGAUCAACGAAAAUCUGGGUGCCUAAUUACCCGCCUUUGCGCAAGUUACUACUCGAAGAAUACCACGACGUCCUCUACGCCGGACACUUCGGUAGCAACAAGACGCUAACUGGUAUCGCGAAGCAAGACUACUGGCCCCACUUGGUAGACGAUGUUCAGAAAUUCUUCACCUCGUGUGAUACAUGUCAACUGAUGAAGAGCAGCAAGCAGAAGAAGGCAGGACUACUACAACCUCUUCCUGUCCCGGAACAACCAUGGCAAGUGGUUAGCCUGGACUUCAUCACCGGGUUACCACCUACCACCAGUGGACAUGACACAAUCCUUGUUGUCAUUGACAAAUUCUCCAAAAUGGGACACUUCAUUCCGACACACACGACGGCACGCACCGAGGAGACAGCACAACUCUUUGUUCGAUACAUCAUCUCACAACAUGGCAUUCCAACCACACUCAUCUCCGACCGAGACCCCAAGUUCACCAGCAAGUUCUGGAAGGAGCUAAUGUCUCUGCUCGGGACCAAACUCGCCAUGUCAUCCGCAUACCAUCCGCAAACAGACGGACAGACCGAGCGCCUCAACCAGAUUGUUGAGCAACUCUUCCGUGCAGCCUGCAAGGACGAGAUCUCCAAAUGGGACUUGCACCUGCCCGUCCAAGAGUUUGCUUACAACAACGCUACACAUGCCGCUACUGGACAGACGCCGUUCUUCCUCUGCUACGGACGCCACCCACUCAUACCACAGAAACCGACAACACCCGCUAUAGUCCAACCUGCACACGACUUCAUUACGACCAUGCAUCAGCUUUGGGAUCGGACCCAUAAGCGCCUCCUUGAUAUUCAGCAGCAACAGAAGCGCCAUGCCAAUCGCCAUCGCAACGACCACAGCAUCACCGUAGGAGACCAGGUGCUCCUCGACACCCGCAACCUUGACAUCAGCCAUCUCCCAUCUAAACUUCGACCUCGCUUCUGUGGGCCUUUUCUUGUUGAAGCACAGGUCACUCCUGUUACCUUCCGCUUACGCCUGCCAGCUACCUGGAAGAUUCACAACGCCUUCCAUGUCCAACUUCUGAAGCCUUAUCGGGAUCCGAACACGAUCUUCGUCGGACGCCAACCGCCGCCGCCGCCACCCGUCCUCGUCCAGAAUGAACCCGAGUAUGAGGUCGAGUCCAUGCUUGCACACCGCCGUCGUCGGAAUGGCACCGUGGAGCUUCUUAUUCGUUGGAAGGGGUAUGAUCCUUCUGAGGACAGCUGGGUACCUGAGACCGACAUGGGUAACUCCCGUCAUCCUCUACAUGACUACCUUGUCAAGCAGGGUGUUACUUCUACCACCCAGCUUUGAGGGGGGGAAGUGUGAGAGUACGACCC